UGCAGCGAACUGGUACCACGACGAUGAGCUGGACAUCUUCCCCGUCUGCGGCAAUUCCUCAGGCGCCGGGCCAUGUCCGGACAACUACACGUGCCUGCAGGGCUUCGGAAAGAACCCGAACUACGGAUACACCAGCUUCGACACGUUCGGCUGGGCCCUGCUCUCCGCCUUCCGGCUCAUGACCCAGGACUUCUGGGAGAGCCUGUAUCAACUGUUGUUGCGAGCAGCAGGUCCUUGGCACAUGCUGUUCUUCAUCCUCAUCAUCUUCCUCGGCUCGUAUUACCUGGUGAACUUGAUCUUGGCCAUCGUCGCCAUGAGCUACGACGAGCUGCAGAAGAGGGCCGCUGAGGAAGACCUGGCGCAGGCCGCCGAGGAGGAGGCCAUGAGGGUGGAGGAAGAGGAGGCCCUGUACGGGAUGACCCGCCAGCAGAUGGAGCAGGAGGAGGAGGAGAACGCGAGCGGGCUGAAGAGCCCGACGGCGUCCUCCUGCCAGUCGUACGAGCUGGUCGUUGGGCAGGAGAAGCCGGGAGAGGACUGCACGAGGGAGAAGAUGAGCAUCCGGUCGGAGGACGACGUCCUGUCGGAACACCGGAUCCGGAUCAACGGUCGCGUCCGGAAGGGAAGCUCGAGUGUGCCGGGCAGCCCGUUCAAGCACCGGCGGGGCAGCCGGAGCAGCCACACGUUCCGGAACGGGAAACGGCGGAGCAAGGCCGCGGCGACGCUCACGACGUACAAGGACGCUCAGGAGAACUUGCCGUACGCGGACGACUCGGCGGCGGUGACGCCGCUGUCGGAGGAUUUCCCGCCGCCGUACCCGUCGAGGCACGGGUCCUACACGUCGCACCUGUCGCGGUAUUCCUACUCGUCGCACGGGGAUCUGCUGAACGGGGGGAGGCAGUUUGCGGCGGCGAGGCCCAGGGCGAGGGUCCGGCCGCCGUCGAGCCUGGUGCCUGAUCUGGUCGUCGACCCUUCCAAAGGAGAUUUUGACGAGCCGGAGGAGGGCGGGAAGAAGGUCUCGUCCCCCCGGGAAAAUCCCUUCGGGGACUCCGUGCAUCAACGGCACACUCCGCUCGACAUGAAAGAUGUGAUGGUGCUGAACGAGAUCAUCGACCAAGCCGCGGGCCGGCAGAGCAAGCUGAGCAGCAGGGCCGGGGAGGAGGACGAGGAGGAGGAGCAGCCGACGUCGAAGGAGCGGCUCCAGCUGCUCCUUCGACGGGCCGUCGACAUCUUCUGCGUCUGGGACUGCUGCUGGCUCUGGAUUCAGUUCCAGGAGGUCGUGGGCCUUAUCGUGUUCGACCCGUUCGUCGAGCUGUUCAUCACGCUGUGCAUCGUGGUGAACACGCUGUUCAUGGCUCUCGAUCAUCACGGCAUGGAUGCGCAGCUGCUGCAGGCCCUUCGCAACGGCAACUACUUCUUCACGGCGACGUUCGCCAUCGAGGCGGCGAUGAAGCUGAUCGCCAAGAGCCCCAAAUUCUACUUCAAGGAGGGCUGGAACAUCUUUGACUUCAUCAUCGUUGUCCUCUCCCUCGCCGAGCUCUUCCUCGAGAACGUCUCCGGCCUUUCCGUCCUCCGCUCCUUCCGAUUGUUAAGAGUGUUCAAGUUGGCCAAGUCAUGGCCUACGUUAAACUUGUUGAUUUCGAUCAUGGGAAAGACGAUCGGGGCCUUGGGAAACCUCACCUUCGUCCUCGGCAUUAUCAUCUUCAUCUUCGCCGUUAUGGGCAUGCAGUUGUUUGGCAAGAAUUACGUCGAGAACAAGCACCUGUUCCCAGAGGGCGAGGUCCCCAGAUGGAAUUUCACCGAUUUCAUGCAUUCCUUCAUGAUCGUGUUCCGGGUGCUCUGCGGGGAAUGGAUCGAGAGCAUGUGGGAUUGCAUGCUGGUUGGCGACUGGUCCUGCGUCCCGUUCUUCCUCGGGACUGUCGUCAUCGGCAACCUUGUGGUGCUUAACCUCUUCUUGGCCCUGCUCCUGUCGAGUUUCGGCGCGUCCAGCCUCAGCUCCCCGCAGAUGGACUCCGACACGAACAAGCUGGCCGAGGCGUUCCAGCGGUUCGUCCGGCUGGGCCACUGGGUCAAGCGGCAGAUCUGCGGGACCGCUUCCGCUCUCCGGCACAAGGGCGCUGCCAACUCCGUCGCCAAUGGAACCGCUGGAAUCCGCCUCCGCACAGAGCACGGACUCGAGGGGGACGAGGGGCCGGACGCCCGGAUCGACAUCCCCACCGACCAGUCCGACCUCGCCUUCUCCAAGCCCCCGGGCGCCGGGGAGGUCGUGGACGGGACGAACCUGAAGAGGGCGCUGCGGAUGGAGGAGGACAACGCCGACACGAAGAGCAUGGGCUCCCACCUGGACAAGAAGUACCGGUUGGCCAACGGGGGAAGCGUGGAGAGCAUGGACCAUCUGCAGCCGCCUUCGUUCGAUCACGACCGCUCGGCCUUCCACGACCGGCGGAUGCAUCAGCAGGCUGACCUCGAUGCGCCAGAGGUGAUUCCACAACACCACACUCUGGACGCCGGAUCAGACGACGACAUAGUACAGGACUCCCCGUCUGACUGCUGUUCCGUCGGCUGCUACCAGCAGUGCCCCGCCCUGGCCGGCGAGGAGGGUUCGCCCUUCUGGGACGGGUGGACCCAGCUCAGGACCAAGACGUACAAGCUCAUCGAGAACAAGUACUUUGAGACGGCCGUCAUCGUCAUGAUCUUGCUCUCCAGUCUGGCGCUCGCCCUGGAGGACGUCUACCUCGCGCAGAGGCCGCUGCUGCAGGACAUUCUCUACUACAUGGACCGGGUGUUCACCAUCGUCUUCGCCCUGGAGAUGCUCAUCAAGUGGCUCGCUCUGGGGUUCAACACGUACUUCCAUAAUGCCUGGUGCUGGCUCGAUUUCAUCAUUGUUAUGAUGAAAUACAAAUUGCGCUUCAAGAUAAAACGCAUAUCUCGCCCCCAGGUUUCACUGAUCAACCUGACCGCUUCCUUGGUGGGUGCCGGGCGGAUCCAGGCCUUCAAGACGAUGAGGACCCUUAGGGCCCUCCGGCCCCUCAGGGCCAUGUCCCGCAUGCAGGGGAUGAGGGUCGUGGUUAACGCCUUGGUCCAAGCGAUCCCGUCCAUCUUCAACGUGCUUCUCGUCUGCCUCAUCUUCUGGCUCAUCUUCGCCAUCAUGGGCGUCCAGAUGUUCGCCGGGAAAUUCUACAAGUGCGUGGACAAAGAAGGAGCAGUGGUGUCGGUGGAGCUCGUGAACAACCGGAGCGAAUGCGGCUUCAAGAACUACACCUGGGUCAACUCCAAGAUCAACUUCGACAACGUCCUCCAGGCGUAUCUCUCGCUGCUCCAGGUGGCCACCUGGAAGGGCUGGAUCGAGAUCAUGAACGAUGCCAUUGACUCCCGCGGGGAGAACAUGCAGCCGUCCAGAGAGGCAAACAUCUACAUGUACCUCUACUUCGUCUUCUUCAUCGUCUUAGGCUCCUUCUUCACGCUCAACCUCUUCAUUGGAGUUAUCAUCGACAACUUCAACGAACAGAAGAAAAAGAUGAGUAUUCUUCUCCGGGGAUCGCUGGAGAUGUUCAUGACAGACGAUCAGAAGAAGUACUACAACGCCAUGAAGAAAAUGGGAUCCAAGAAGCCCCUCAAGGCCAUCCCCAGGCCGCAGUGGAAGCCGGCAGCCCUGGUGUUCGAGAUGGUGACGAACAAGAAGUUCGACAUGGUGAUCAUGCUGUUCAUCGGACUGAACAUGGCCACGAUGACGCUGGACCACUACGACAUGACGGACCAGUGGAACCAGAUCCUCGAGAUCCUCAACACGAUCUUCAUCGUGAUCUUCACGGCGGAGUGCAUCCUUAAGAUCUUCGCUCUUCGGCAGUACUACUUCAAGGAGCCGUGGAAUCUCUUUGACUUCGUGGUCGUCACGCUUUCGAUCCUCGGUGGGUUGUGGAUGCGAGUGAUGGUUGGGAGUGAUUCAGUGGUUUGUGGGUUGACGGGAUUGAGGUGGGAUUGUGAGGUGGGAUUGUGA